AUGGCCUCCGUCUCACAGCGUGCCUGCAUCUACUCGGCCCUUAUCCCGCACAACGAUGGGGUGAUGGCUCUGGCCAAUGUCAACAUUGGGAGCCUCAUCUGCAAUGUAGGGGAUGGUGGACCUGUCCCAGCAUCUAGUGGGGCACCAGCAGGAGGUCCUGCCCCCUCAACUGCUGCUGCACCAGCUGAGAAAAAGAAAGUGGAAGCAAAGAAAGAAGAAUCUGAGGAGUCUGAUGAUGACCUGGGCUUUGGACUAUUUGACUAAACUUCUGCUGUAACACAGUCAA